AAAGGUAAUAAUGAUCAUCAUGUCUACUGUAGCACAGUUUUCUUCGCUCAUUCUUCUACUCUCUCUGGCUCUGACCUCCCCCGCUAACUGCUGGACCAAUGGGACGACAGUCGAGUAUUGGGUGAGACCAGACACAAUGUCAGAGUGCCCCCACUCCAUACCACCACACCAGUGUGUCACUAUAACAGAUCUGGUGACUAACUCCACAGACACAAGCAUCAAUGAUGGUAUGAGUAUCAAUGUAUUCUUCAUAGCUGGGACUCAUGUUCCAAAAGCGAAUGGUUGGAUUGUUAUCGGAAAUCCAUAUUUAAAUCAGGAAGUAUCAUCAACUUUCACAGCAAUUUCAGAUGGACAAAACCAACAAAAUGCUAUAAUUGAUUGUGAGUCAGGUCACCCAAUUAGCUUCGUGUUUCUUCAACUUCUAUCUUUAACUUUGAAAAACGUCGAGCUACAAAAUUGUGGUUUUAAACUACACUUUAAUAAUAUGACGGAUAUCUCAACAAUUCUGAAUGAAACCACAUCAUCAGUAGUAGUCAUGAAUGUACCCGAGCUGGUAAUUGCUAACACCAAUAUCACUAGCAGCAGAGGAGCUGGCAUGGUCAUUAUUCUGAAUAAAUUCGACAAAAUUGUCAACAUUAACCGUUUAAUGCUAAAUGAAAUGGUCAUACACGGUAGAAAUCAUACUGGAAAUAGGUUUGCAGGCAACUUGCACGUAAUAUUCAGUGCGUCUGAAAAAAACACACUUAAGAAACCCACGAUUUUCUCAAUAAAAAAUUCUAUAUUUUCGAAUGGAAUUGGUAGGUGCUCAGAUAAUGAAUUCGUCAACGAGUGCUUUUCUGGUGGAGUAACGAUUUCUAUGGUAAACUUUCAUAAUGUACGUGUAUUGAUAAACAGGUGCAAAUUUAUGGGCAAUAAAGCUCAUAAUUAUGGCGGUGGUAUCGGACUGUUUAUGGAAUAUACAGAUUUAAGCAAUGGUAUAUAUAGUUCGAAACACAUUCAUAUCACCAAGUCAAUAUUUUCAAGGAAUACAGCUGUUGAUGAACAUGGUGGUGGUUUUGCACUACUUAGAACCAGUAAUUAUUUUCUCUAUCGAUAUCACAAUACUAUAAUGUUACAUGUGAAUAUAUCGGAAACAGUGUUCAGUUAUAACUCGGCUGAAUUUGGUGGUGCAGCAUACACUUCAUUUACACUGUUGUCUUUUGACAAUUGCACUUUCAUAGGCAAUGAAGCUAUACUUGGAGCAGCUGUCUAUUCAGAGUAUUCUAUCGAUCAACAAAUCAGUAAUUGCACAUUCAUACACAACACAUGCAGGACAAAUACAGCUACAACAGAUGAAGAGAGAUAUGAAACUGGUACAAUUCAUAUCCAAAGCAGAAUAUUUCUGAAAGAUGUUGAAAUUACCGGCAAUGAUUGUAGAGAUAAAAUAACAAUUAGUAUGAAACACAACACAGCGACGAAGGGAGGUGAUGCAAUUUAUGGAGGCCAACUAGAAAACUGUAAAUUGUGGGACAUUGUUGAUAUCAUGGAGAGAAAUACAUCAUCAGCUGUUUCCUCUCCACCCAACAAAGUGUGUAUUUGCUCUGAUGACUUCCCACAGAAACACACUUGUUCACACUUCAUGCAACUAGACACUUAUCCAGGACAGAGGUUCCAUACUCCACUAGUGUGUGUCGGGCAGUACAACUAUUCCUCCCCUUGCAAAGUACAAGCACAUUUAGAGAUGACAAGUUUCGCAAACAUUGCUGAAGAAACAAUCCUUCAAAACAUCGCCAAAGAAUGCAAGCAACUAUACUACUCAAUAGAAACUCAACAAACAAACUAUACUGAAACACUGAGUCUAACAAUAGUCCGGGAAGUACACUCUUAUUACGAAUGGAUCUUUCAAAAUAUACAAACAGUAAUUGAGAUUAGAAUUAAAGCAUGUCCACCUGGUUUUAUAACAAACUUCAAUGCCAGAAAAUGCACCUGUACAGACUAUCUAGCAUCUAAUGGAAUCACAUGCAACAUUAACGAUGAGCGACUGCACAAGACAUCCUCCAUGUGGGUUGGCAACUAUUUAGGGGACGUUGUUGUGCAUCAAGUCUGUCCAUUCGAUUACUGUAAGAGCAACUUCACCAAAGUCGAUCCUUUCAACCAGCAAGAGCAGUGUGACUUUAAUCGCAGUGGUGUACUAUGUGGAGCUUGUCGACCUGGGCUCAGUCUAGCCCUGGGUACACCGCAGUGUAAAGAGUGCUCUAAUAUCAACCUUUUCUUAUUGAUACUAUUUGCACUGGCAGGAGUCGUCUUGGUUGUCCUUUUACUCAAAUGUAACCUCACUGUUUCCACGGGAACUAUCAAUGGUAUCAUCUUUUACGCCAACAUCGUACGAUCCACACAAACUGCCUUCUUUCCCUCCAGCACUGAUAACAAAUUUGUCAGCAUUCUCUCUGUCUUUAUUGCCUGGUUGAACCUUGACCUGGGCAUAGAAACAUGUUUUGUGAAUGGACUCAACACAUACUAUCGUACAUGGCUACAAUUUAUCUUUCCUCUGUACAUUUGGACAAUAGUAGGCCUGCUAAUCUUAAUCAGCCGCUACUCUAUCAAAGUCUCUAAAUGGACGGGCUCAAACACAGUAUCAGUUCUAGCUACACUCUUCUUGCUAUCGUACGCUAAACUAUUGAGGACUACUUUCGAUACCUUUUCAUCGACCACUCUCAUCGACGUCAACGGUACGCCCACCACCCUCUGGCUGCUCGAUGGCCGCUACACAUUCCUCGAGUGGCCGCACAGUUUGCUCUUUGCAGCUGGCCUGUUCAUAUUAUUAGCACACAUACUGCCAUUCACUAUCCUGUUAUUAAUGGCCCCGAUUCUGCAGCGAUACACACACUACAAGUUAUUACGAUGGGUCAACAAGUUAAAGCCUCUACUGGAUGCUUAUCAAGGUCCUUACGGAAUCAAAUCUCGCUAUUGGACUGGACUACUGCUGCUAGCUAGGCUCGUUAUACUAACAGCUGUGUCUUUAAACAUAUCUGGAAAGCAAGCCAUCAAUUUGCUAGUGAUAAACAUAGUACUAUCUAUUUUAAUGAUAAUACUGAUGGCAUUCGGAAUAGCAAUUAAGCUCUAUACAAGCAAACUAUCAAACUUCCUGGAGCUAUUUUUUCUGGCAAAUCUUCUGCUACUAACUGCCACAUCACUGUUUCUGCAGUCAAACCAAACUGAUAAAAUCAGCGGACAAAGUAUAACAAUAUGUUGUAUGGUGGGUAGUGCAUUCGCUAUGUGUCUCAUCUUAGCCUAUCACUGCUACGUUAUGUGUCAGAGAAUAGAAGCCAUCAAGCGGCUAACAUCGAGAGUUGUUUCCUCUCUAAAAGGGCCUCAGAAUCGAGCACUAACUAACGAUGACAUCAUAUGUGGCCCCCCACAUAGCACACCCCCCACAGUCACAGAGGUUGAUUUGAGGGAACUGCUACUAGAGGAUAACUAAUCAUUGACUAACAUUGCAUGUACAUGCAGAGAUAGAUAAAACACUUAAUUUAGCUAGUGUAUUGGCAAAAAAUAAGUACCCUCACAAUUGUCACACACACAGUGUACUCUCACCUUC